AUGGAGUAUGAGAAGAGGCACUCCAACAUCCCUGCGCACAUUUCACCAUGCUUCCGUGUCAAGGAAGGAGAUCAUGUGAUCAUUGGCCAGUGCAGGCCACUGUCAAAGACUAAAAGGUUCAAUGUGCUCAAAGUCAUACCCGCAGGUUCAAAGAGUGGAGCAGUGAAGAAGGCUUUCACUGCCGCUUAA